AUUACCCAUGAGCCUUGGCGAAGUCAGGCGUUACUCAUAGAACGCGGUUAGUUUAUUAAGGUGGAUUGACUCGAUUCUUGUGGUUUAUUAACUCCAGCGGCAGAAGGAGCAACGCGACCUGACUUGUAGCGCGAAGCUAUUAUGGGAGAACAAAUGGCGACUAUUGCACUUUGAGCUGUUUGUCGCACAUCAACUUCAACAAGAUGCAAAUGACCUUCGAGGUGUCCAGUCAUGUGACACUACUGUUUGACUGCUGGAAUGUAAACAGCCCAGCAGGUAUGUUGCUGUCCGUGCUGGUAGUCAUGCUGCUGACAGUCUUCUAUGAGGUGCUGAAGGUUUGGAGGGUGUGGCUUAGCACGAACACACAUCCUCGUCAUUCGUCUUACGUGGCGACCCCGCCGUCUCAGCACAGCGACUGCACCUCCGUGCUGGAAAACAGCCACUCGGAAGCUUCGCUCGCACCCACAGAGACGCACCAUUCUUUCCCAGGCAACAUUGACGGUUGGAUCAGACACGGGAUCCAGACCCUCCUCCACGUGCUGCAGGUGACGUUGGGCUACAUGCUGAUGCUGUGCGUCAUGACCUACAACACUUGGAUCUUCCUGGGCGUCAUUGUCGGUUCCACCCUGGGAUAUUUCAUCUCGUUCCCUCUGCUGCGUCAGCGUUGAUGGACAGUUACGGCUCAGGAGUUUAGGUGAAAACCAUGAAAAGUGGUCUUUAAAGUAUGUGGAAAUCCUCCUAAAUAAGCUGUUUUGACGCCUGCGGGCAUUGCCAAAUGAUCACAAAGGCCACGUAUGAAUUGCACAUUUUUAACAUGCUGACGUUCAAUUGUUAAUAUUUUACAACGCCCUAAACACUUAGCUUUUUGUUUGCUAAAAGUAGAAAUUGUAUAGAAUUUUCUAUGUAAAUUUCUGUUGUUUCCUGUUAAUCUACAGGGUUAUUUGAUUAAGGAAAAUAACAUCAAAUAAUAUCCAUCCACUCAUUUUCUUCCAUUUGUCCCUCUCGGGGUAAUAAAAGGAAAUAAAACAGA